UCCGUGCUCAUUAUGCGAGCGUUACGCAGGAAAACUUUUCUCUUAGGAAUUAUAUUUGUUGUUUGUUCUGUGACAGUGCUUAGGCUGACAGAUAUGGCUAGCGGUGUUAUGCAAACGUUUCCACAAAGGACACAAAGCGUUCGGGAAAUCAUUGUACCUGUUGAACUGAACAUGUCGGUUUUCCAAGAUUUUCUUGUACCCGCCGAUGCUAGAAAACCACUUAUUCCACACCUCAUACACCAGACGUUUGAGACGGUCAUGAUUCCCUCUAAAUUGGAGAGUCAUGUUCGCACCGUUGUCAACAUGAACGCCAACUGGACAUACCAUUUUUGGACAGAUGACUCAGCUAGGAAACUAGUGAAGGAGAGACAUCCAAAUUUGCUUCCUAUUUGGGAUAAAUACAUGAGAAACAUAAUGCGAGCUGACGCGUUACGCUACGUUGUGUUGUAUGAAUUCGGUGGUGCGUAUUUGGACCUUGACGUUGUGGCAUACCGCUCGUUUGACCGGAUAACAUACAAGUACGGAUGUAUUAUCCCUCCAGAGCCAAUAUAACACAGUGCGUUGUUGUACAACAUGUCCUUACUGUUGAACAAUGCAACCAUGUUUUGUCGACAAAAACAUGCGAUAAUGAAGGCACUAAUGAAUGGACUAGAAGGUGCAAUGAACCAUAAAAAUGUCUUGGAUGCAACAGGUCCGAUGUAUCUGACUGAAAUCUUUAUUUCCUUUGUAAAAGAACGUUUAUUGAACAAAUCUGUCAUUAUAAACAAUGACAACAGCGGGAUUACCGUGUCAUAUCUAACAGAAGACAUUAUACACUACAUUCACGUCGCAAAUGUUGCGUUCCUCAAUGAUGAAAUUGACUACAAUUUGCAGGAUAAGAGAUUUCGUAAAAUCUGUAAAAAUGUCUCAGAUUCCUCGAAUCUUGUGAGACAAGCUUGUGGCCACUUUCUCAACAAGGCGGUGAAAAGACAAAAUAACUCUCUGGCAUUCACAGGACAUAAAUGGGUUCGUCUGUGGCUCCGAAGUAAAGCGGAAAUACAUAAGAAUUUAAAGAAUAUUUCUGAAAUACUCGCAGGAAAAUCAAUUACGAUAUUUUAAACCAUGUACAACUAUGAAAUUUGACACUGUUAUGUCACGUUAAUGAUAUAUUUUGAAAUCUCAAUCGAUAAAUUUCUUAUAUUAAUGCCUUUAAGCAUCGAUUCCGAUUUCAAAAUAAAACAUUUACUUGACAAAACGGGGUAAAAUGUAUGUUUUCCCGAGUCUUGGAAAGACUCAAAAGCAAACAAGUUACUUAAUUUUAUUGUUUGUAAUAAAUAAAAAAAUCAAUUACUGGGUCUGAAUUUCAAUACUUAUGUGAAAAACUACAGAAACAAGCUCAGCGGUCAAAGCCUUAAACAAGUUAAA